GCGAGGGCGACGACGAGGGGACGGGCAGCGGCCAGGAGGAGGGAGAGGAGGAGGAGGCGGCGGCCGGGUGGGAGCGCAGCGAGGACGCGCGGCUGCUGCAGGCAGGGCUGCCUCCCGCCGCCGUCCUCGCCGCGGCCGCCCGCGACACGAGCGGCCGCUGCCCGCCGGGGCCGCCAUCCGGCCGCCCAAGGAUGCCGCUGCCCGGCGACGAGGACCGCGCGCGUCGCCGGCGCCGCCGCCGGCGGAGGGACCUUUUGCUGAGCCAGCUUUGCUUCCUGGCCUCGGUGGCGCUGCUGCUCUGGUCGCUGUCGAGCCUGCGAGAGCAGAAGGAGCUUGACCUUAUGGACCUCAUUGGGGAAGACAGAAAGUGGAUGGUGGGGAGGAAGCUAAUGCAGGUGAAUGACACUCUGACUUCCGAAGAUGCAGGACUCCGGAGCAGCAAGAACUGUACUGAACCAGCCUUGCAUGAAUUCCCCAAUGACAUCUUUACCAAUGAGGAUAGAAGACAAGGAGCGGUGGUCCUGCACGUGCUCUGUGCCAUGUACAUGUUCUACGCACUGGCCAUUGUGUGUGAUGACUUCUUCGUUCCUUCCUUGGAGAAGAUCUGUGAGCGCCUGCACCUCAGUGAAGAUGUAGCAGGGGCCACAUUCAUGGCAGCAGGCAGCUCGGCCCCAGAGCUGUUCACAUCGGUCAUAGGGGUCUUCAUCACUAAAGGUGACGUGGGAGUUGGCACAAUCGUGGGCUCUGCCGUGUUCAAUAUCCUGUGCAUCAUCGGUGUUUGUGGGCUCUUUGCAGGGCAGGUUGUGGCUCUUUCCUCCUGGUGCCUAUUGAGGGAUUCGAUCUACUACACACUGUCUGUGGUCGCACUCAUCGUGUUCAUUUAUGAUGAAAAGGUCUCUUGGUGGGAGUCUCUAGUCCUUGUGCUGAUGUAUCUCAUCUACAUUGUCAUCAUGAAAUACAAUGCUUGCAUCCAUCAGUGCUUUGAAAGGAGGACAAAAGGUGCUGGGAACAUGGUCAAUGGAUUGGCCAAUAAUGCGGAAAUCGAUGAUAGCAGCAACUGCGACGCAACUGUGGUGCUACUUAAGAAAGCCAAUUUCCACCGCAAAGCGUCAGUGAUCAUGGUGGAUGAGUUGCUGUCGGCCUACCCACACCAGCUUUCUUUCUCUGAGGCUGGCCUUCGAAUCAUGAUCACAAGCCACUUCCCCCCCAAGACCCGGCUCUCCAUGGCUAGCCGCAUGUUGAUCAAUGAGAGACAAAGACUGAUAAACAGCAGGGCUUAUGCCAAUGGGGAAUCAGAGGUCGCCAUCAAAAUCCCAAUUAAGCACACGGUGGAGAAUGGAACAGGGCCCAGCAGUGCUCCGGACAGGGGCGUGAAUGGGACUCGGAGAGACGAUGUUGUUGCCGAGGCUGGCAAUGAGACAGAGAAUGAGAACGAGGACAACGAGAACAAUGAGAAUGACGAGGAGGAGGAAGAAGAGGAGGAGGAGGAUGAAGACGAUGAUGAAGGACCAUACACGCCAUUUGACCCCCCCUCUGGCAAACUGGAAACAGUGAAAUGGGCAUUCACCUGGCCACUGAGUUUUGUCUUAUACUUCACUGUCCCCAACUGCAACAAGCCUCGCUGGGAGAAAUGGUUUAUGGUGACAUUUGCUUCAUCCACAUUAUGGAUCGCAGCCUUCUCCUACAUGAUGGUGUGGAUGGUCACGAUCAUCGGUUACACGCUAGGGAUUCCUGACGUCAUCAUGGGGAUCACCUUCCUGGCUGCAGGAACCAGUGUGCCUGACUGCAUGGCCAGCCUCAUUGUGGCUAGACAAGGGAUGGGGGACAUGGCUGUGUCCAACUCCAUUGGAAGCAAUGUGUUUGACAUCCUGAUCGGGCUGGGUCUUCCCUGGGCCCUGCAGACUCUAGCUGUGGAUUAUGGAUCAUACAUUCGACUGAAUAGCAGAGGGCUGAUUUACUCUGUGGGCUUGCUCCUGGCCUCUGUCUUUGUCACGGUGUUUGGCGUUCACCUGAACAAGUGGCAGCUGGACAAGAAGCUAGGGUGUGGGUGCCUCUUCCUGUAUGGCGUGUUCUUAUGCUUCUCCAUCAUGACGGAGUUCAACGUGUUCACCUUUGUGAACUUGCCCAUGUGUGGGGACCACUGAUCUGCUGGGCCACCUGCAGAGGCCCAGUUCCUUCUUUUCUGUGCAAUACGAGACCUGGUCGCACCCUGAGUCACGUGGGCCCCCAGGGCCAUGGCGUCCGUCUCUCUCGUGCUGUCCACAGGCCUCCGCUCCUGUCCUGGUGGCCCAGGCUCUCCCUGCCACCUCCCUCAUGCCCCAUCUCUUUGGUCCUACCUCCUGCCCAGCCCCUUUUACCUGCCCGCCCUUUCUUCCCUGCCUCCUCCACGUGAAGACAUCCAACAUCUACAUGAAUUUUCAAGCUCCAUUUUUGAACAGUGACUGAGAUUCUAGAACAAAACUGGCUGCUAACUGGCCCAAGCCAGGCACAACUUACUACAAUCCCACCUCCUUUUUUAAGUUAUUUGAUGGAAGACUACCCUAAUUUAUGACCUGAGACUGUUGAAGAAAUAGAGAAGAGAGGGUCCACUGAUAGCGGAGUGUUUGGGAUUCUGUUUUGUUUGGAGGUGAUUCCUAGGUUACUGGGUUUGGGGGUUUUAUUUUGCGGGGGGGGCUCCCUCUUUUGUUACUUUUCUUCCAGAGUUGGAGUACUUCUCUUGCGUCUUCUUUCACUGGGCUCUGGCUUAGUUGACGAUCUGCAGGUUGUACUGCUUUGUCUCCUGGGGGUGAACCCCAGGCAUAUUGGAGUGUGUAUAGAGGAAGAGCUUAGUCCACUGGGUGAGGUCACCAUGAACAAAUGCAUGGCAUUUUUUCUGCCCAAGGACACCUCGUGAAUGUCCUGCACCUGGGGGGUGGGGGUGAGCGGCACAAGGUGUUGGAGGAAGAAAACCCACUUCCCACAUGUUCACUAUGACCAUCUCUUUCUCACUAGGUUCUUUCUAGUUUUUCAAGCAAUAGCUCUAGCCUGCCUGAGGCCUUUGACUAAGGGGUCCUGGUUAACUGUCCAUUCUCAAGAUGCCAGGCAGUCAUUGACAGAAGCUUCCCAGUCUGUGAGUACUUGAGAUGUGCUCUUGUUGCUUGGUAUUUGGGGUGACAGGGAGUGACCCAUAGGCCACUACUGCUUUCCAGGCAGGAAUUACAGACACUGGUUUCUUGGAAAAUGGAGAGAAGCGCAUUUUGCACAGAUGUCGUCAAUUAAGUCCCAAUUUGCCACUUGGUAUUGAGUACACUGGACCCUGAUGGCUGGCUCUUGGGCAAAUGUCGUUCCUCAUGGGAUGCCACCACCAAGCUGGCCCAGCUCCACCCCUCCCUCCCAGAGGGAUGACCAUGGAAGGAGAAAGCAGAAAACUGACACCUUGGAAACCACAGAGUGUGUUAACCACAGACUCGCUCAAGGGCAUAAGUUAUUGUGAACAUUUUGCCAAUCACUGCUCAACAGCCCUGCUAGAUUUUGUAUGAUGCUGAAUUAUUAUGCAGAUUAGUUCCACCGAAUUGAGACACACCCAUGCUUGUUACACUUGUAUUUAUUGAAACUGUGGAUUAUUGCCCGCCCGUGCUGUUCCUUGUAUUUACUUUAAGCACUGAUCACUUAUCAUUCAUUUGGUAUGGUUUUCCCAGUCCCUUGUACACAUUCUGGUAUGAAUUGUAAAAAUAACCUGCUACAAAUUGGUCGACUGUUUCUGUCUGAGGUGCAAACCAAGGGUGGCAUUAGCCCAGGGUGCACCUGCCCAACCAAGGACCAGGAAAGGAGAUCACCAAUUUGGGUCUCAGAGCUAAGACACACUUAUCGAUUCUGUUGCACAUUUUGCACUGGUUUAUGGCGAUUGUUUUCUCGGACGGAUAGUGUAAAAUAAACUUCUCUGUUCU